UCCCGGCAUGCCAUUCGCUGCACUCUGACCGGCUCGUUGUCGGAAACAUGGCGGCCAUCAGCAAAUACUUGACAGCUAAGAACUCUUCCAUUGUUGGUGGCGUUUUACUAGCUUUGUAUCUACUCAGACAAAGACGAAGAUCAGCCAAGUAUAACGGUAAAAAAGGGUCCUCAGAACUGCAGUUGAGCAAUGAUAAAGAUGCAAAGAAAGACAGGGCAGCAGUGGACAAGGUCUUCUUCUCGCGACUUUGCCGGAUCGUGAGGAUCAUGGUGCCCAGAAUGUUUUGUAAAGAGUCUGGGUAUAUGUUCCUCAUCGCCGCGAUGCUGGUGGCUCGCACAUACUGCGAUGUGUGGAUGAUCCAGAAUGGGACAAUGAUUGAAAGUGCAAUUAUCGGUCGCUCGACAAAAGAUUUCAAGAGGUACUUGUACAACUUUAUCACAGCCAUGCCUCUUAUAGCCCUGAUAAACAACUUUUUGAAGCUGGGGCUCUAUGAAUUGAAACUUCGAUUUCGAGUGAGGCUCACCAAGCACCUUUAUGAUGAGUACCUGAAAGGUUACACCUACUACAAAAUGGGCAACCUGGAUAAUCGCAUUGCUAAUGCUGACCAGCUGCUCACACAGGAUGUAGAGAAAUUCUGUAACAGUGUGGUGGACCUCUACUCCAACCUGAGCAAGCCGCUCCUUGACAUAGGCCUGUACAUCUUCAAGCUGACAAGUGCUAUCGGUGCCCAAGGCCCUACCUGCAUGAUGACCUACUUGCUGAUCUCCGGGCUCUUCCUGACGAGGCUACGGAGACCCAUCGGCAAAAUGACAGUGAUGGAGCAGAGAUACGAGGGAGAGUACAGAUUCGUCAACUCCCGCCUCAUCACAAAUAGCGAAGAAAUUGCCUUCUACAACGGCAACAAACGAGAGAAGAUGACGAUUUACCACACCUUCCAGAAGCUGGUUGACCACUUGCACAACUUCAUCUUCUUCCGUUUCUCCAUGGGCUUUGUGGACAGUAUCAUUGCCAAGUACCUGGCCACCGUUGUGGGCUACCUGGUGGUUAGCCGGCCCUUCCUGAAUCUGGCUCACCCUCGCCACCUCCAGAGCUCACAUGCAGAACUGCUGGAGGAUUACUACCAGAGUGGCCGUAUGCUGCUGCGCAUGUCUCAGGCUCUGGGCAGGAUCGUGCUGGCCGGCAGAGAGAUGACCAGGCUCUCAGGGUUCACAGCUAGGAUAACAGAGCUGAUGAAGGUUCUGAAGGAGCUGAAUUCUGGGAAAUACGAGCGUACCAUGGUUUCUCAGAAUGAAGGAGUUCAAAUGGACAUGCGAGAAAAACUCACCCUGGUGCCUGGAAGCGGAGAGAUUAUUAAUGCGGACAAAAUCAUUAAGUUCGACCAUACGCCUUUAGCAACACCCAACGGUGAUAUUCUCAUCAGAGAUCUUACCUUUGAGGUAAGGUCUGGAACCAAUGUUUUGGUCUGUGGCCCCAAUGGUUGUGGGAAGAGCUCCCUGUUCAGAGUUCUUGGAGAGCUCUGGCCUCUGUUCGGUGGACGCCUAACCAAGCCUGAGAGGGGGAAGCUUUUCUACGUGCCACAGAGGCCGUACAUGACCCUGGGAACCCUGCGGGAUCAGGUGAUCUACCCAGACACCUUUGAGGACCAGAAGAAGAAAGGCAUUUCUGAUCAGGUACUGAAGGAGUACCUGGACAACGUCCAGCUGGGACACAUCCUGGACAGGGAGGGGACGUGGGACACCGUGCAGGACUGGAUGGACGUUCUCAGUGGAGGGGAGAAGCAGAGGAUGGCGAUGGCACGGUUGUUCUACCACAAGCCCCAGUUUGCCAUUCUGGAUGAGUGCACCAGUGCCGUGAGUGUGGAUGUGGAGGACUACAUCUACAGCCACUGCAGAAAGGUUGGCAUAACCCUUUUCACAGUUUCUCACAGAAAAUCCCUGUGGAAGCACCACGAGUACUACCUCCAUAUGGACGGGAGGGGGAAGUAUGAAUUCAAACCCAUCACUGCAGAGACGGUGGAGUUUGGGUCAUGAGAAGAGUGUGACUUCAGCACAGCACAACGGGAGAAGAUGCUCAUUAAUUCUGCACUAAAUCAAGUUGUAAACUAACCUUAUAAAAUGACUUUUAAUCAAGGAUAACUUGGUUUUGACUCUAUUUAAGUCCAAUUAAAAAAAAAAAAAAGUUUUGUUGUUAACGAUUGUAUAUACAUUGUCAUUAAUAUCGUUAAUAAUUUCCGGAUAGAUACACUGGAUUGAAUUCAUGGGCUAAUCUGGAAUUAAAUACAUUUUCACUAUAUUACAGUGAUUCGGUUUAGUUUUUAACCAGGAAAAGCUAGUUAGCACAGGUGUAAAUGCAGGAAUCUUGUGUGGUCUAUUACAGGGACAGUGCAGCCCUGGUCUUAGUGUACUAGAUGCUGCUGCUUGUUAUUCUGGGCAGUCCAUUAGUUCCCUAAUGGGAGCAGUUAUCAUGCCACGUCUGUGCUGAUGAUCAUGUGCCCAUGGCACUACGUAGCUAAUGAUUGAAAGGCCUUGUUAAUGGGAAUGGUUGGGAGUGCUCCAGUUGAAAGGUUGUUGACCAUAGUUUUAGGAAAUAGAGUUAUGCUCUAUAGUCUGAAGGGUUGUGGGAUCUGCAAACCAGCCUCAUUUUCUUUCAUAAAUCAAAUCAGAUGCCUCUUUUCUUCACUUUCCAGUGUAACAUAACAAUAAUCUGUUGUAAGUUAUCUGUAAGUUGGAACUGUUCAAAAAUAAAGACUGAAGCUCAUGGUUUUGUACUGGUAACUGCAAUAACAUAUGUACGGUACUCCUAGGUUAGCGUGUGGACCUGGUUUAAGCUGAACUGUACAUUUUCAUUAAAGAAUUAAUCUAAAACCUG